AGCAGAAGCGAAAACACGGGAGGGACUUGUACACGCUGUUUCAGCCUCCUGUUACCAGCGAUUAGAGAAAAAAACAAAGUAGCCUACUGUUUCAGCUCUGAAUUUUACCCUUUGUUUUUUCUCUUCUUUUUCACAUGGCAACCGACGAGAAGAGAGUUCAUGUCUACAAUGGUGAAGAUAAGGAGCAAGAAGAUCAGAAGAUGGAGCAAUUCUUUGCCCUGAUAAGGAAUUUUCAGGAGGCACGUAAUAGGAGAAAAGACGCGCUGGGACAAAGGGAGGAGAAGAUAACUAAUAGAAAGCUAAACAAGAUAAGGAGGUUAGAUGAUGAGCAUUCAAGUUGGGUACCAACUUUUGAAUGGGCAGAUUUUACUAAGGAUAUUGAGUUUCGGAGGCCACCCAUCAUCUUUCCAAGCCCAAACAACAAGAAAGAUGACAAGAAAAAACAAGAUGAAGAUGAUGGAUUAGAUCUUAAGCUCACCCUUUAGCUACCUUCAGCUUUUCUCUUUUUCAAAAGAAUGUUAAUUACAACUUAAAAUGAAAAUUAAUUACUUUUGGAGUUUAAAUGAUCAUGUGUUAUUCUGUUCUUAAUGAUCAAUGUUCAAUCUCGUUACUAUCAGCUAUUAAGUUUGAAGGUCAUGGGUGAAUGCAGUUUUCCCAUUUAAAAGAGGUUUCUGUUUUGAAACUAAAUCUGGUAUUCAAUUUUAUUGGCAAAGCAGAAAAAAAAAAUCAAAGAGGUGGGGUUGCGUGUCAUAUCGUCCACUUCUUUAACGUGGAAAACGAAUGGAAAGAAUUUGAAGUGAAGUCGCGAAGUUGUUAGAAACAAUCCCAUA